AUGAUCGAGGAUCAGAUUCUCCAGCUACAACUAAAUGAAACAAAGAGAAAGGCGGAAGCUGAAUCUCAGCAGGCCGUGUUGAAAAGAUCCCUUGAGCGCCAGAAGUUGGUAAAGGAGCUGAAGAUGGAGGAAGCUCGUCUUCAGGCCUACGAAGAAGAAGAGGCCCCAUCCGUGUCGGAGAUCAGGCAGUUUCCAGUUCCUCCUAUGUCGGCACAGCAGACUCCGAUGGAACCAACCCGGGAACCAGAGAGGCUACCAGUCAACCCCAUGACCAUGCUUGCUACCCGGAUGGAGCCACUCAGAGAGUUAAGGACGACACCCUCGCUGCAGUCACCUUUGCCACACGUGACAGUAACAGAGACACAGAGGAAACAGGCACAAGUCCAACAGUCGGCUCAAGUCUUGUUCCACCCUCCAAGCGGGAGAGCUCCGAAGACAGAAAACCCAACGAGAUUGCCUGGGUCGUCCCUGAGGCCUGAAGCCUCAGUAUGGUCUCCCCAACCGGAGACACCUGGCCCAAAGCAAGAGACGGUUAGCGAUCUGGCCUUUAUCGCUAACACCCUGGCAGCAUCAAUUAACCUGGGACGCCUUCCGGUGCCAGAGCCGCCCAUCUUCAGUGGAGACCCCCUCCUCUUCCCAGACUGGAUGGCCUCAUUCAAGAGCCUGAUAGAGAGUCGAGGUGUACCAUCUCAUGAGAGAAUACACUAUCUUAAAAAAUAUUUAGGAGGCCCGGCAAGAGAAGCGGUUGCAGGCUGCUCUCUUCUUCGUUCAGAGAACGCCUACGAGAAGGCAAAAGAGAUCUUAGAAGACAGGUACGGCAGUGACUUUGCCGUAUCUGAUGCAUUCAGAAAGAAGUUGGACUCCUGGCCCAAGCUGUCUGGAAAAGACAGCAAAGGACUCAGGAAAUUAUCCGAUUUCCUAGAGCAGUGCGCAAUUGCUCAGGAGGAGGUGAAGGGCCUCAACAUGUUGAAUGAUAUCUGGGAGAAUAGGAAAUUACUCCAAAAGCUUCCAGAUUGGAUAGUUUCCAGGUGGGGCCGCACCGUCAACAAGAUCAAAAAGACCAGAAGAGAGUACCCUACAUUCAAAGAUUUCAGGACCUUUCUCCUGGAAGAGGCCGAGAUCGCGUGUGACCCAGUUGUUUCCAUAGGAUCGCUGAAGUCCCCAGAGACAGCGGGGGAGCCUUACCCCAAAGACGCGGCGAAGGGUACCAAGGGACCAGGAGCAAAGACCCUUCUUACUAAAACGACCGGUGACAACAAGAACACUACAACUACCUACGCUGCUCAGGGACAGACCAGCGUGUGCAGCUUCUGCGGAAAAAAGGGACAUUACAUUCAAGAAUGUCGCUCACUUGCCGCAAAAUCAAGACAAGAGAAGCAGGAGAUUGUCAAGAACGGAGGUUUUUGCUAUGGGUGUCUGAAAAGGGGCCACAUGGUGAAGGAGUGCCCCAAACGCGGCACUUGCAAGCGUUGUAAUGGGAAACAUCCGACCAGUCUCCAUGAGGAAAGGGGAGAGAGAGCAAUUAAGAACCCCGACCCUAUGAAGGAUGGAAAAGAAGCGACAGAGACAGUGAGAGAGAAAGCUUCCUGCAAGAGGACAGCCUGUCCCACUGCUAAACAGAAUUGUGCCAUGAUAGUGCCAGUUUGGGUGUCCAGCUCAGACAAUCCUGACAAAGAGCAAUUGGUUUAUGCUCUACUGGACACACAAUCAGACACUUCCUUCAUACUCAGUCACACUGCAGACCGGCUGGGGACACAUUUCACACAAGCCCAGUUGAGUUUGUCCACGAUGACCACGAAGGAUAGAGUAAUAAAUUGCCAGAAAUAUCGUCAUCUCGUGGUCAGAGGUUUUGACAGCAAGGAAAAGAUCCCCAUCCCGGUGGCUUACUCAAGAGAGUUUAUACCAGCGAAUGAAGACAACAUACCCACACCAAAGGUGGCCAAAAGGUGGCCCCACCUCAGAGAGGUCGCCACAAGGCUUCAACCCCUCCAAGACAUCGACGUGGGGCUGCUGAUUGGCUUUGACUGCCCCCAGGCACUGGCUCCGAGGUCCAGCAUCCUUGGGCAGGGUAAUGAACCCUUUGCGAUAGAGACGUCCCUUGGCUGGAGCCUUGUUGGAGGGGACUGCCUGCAGCCCUCGGGGGACAGUGUAGGACUAUCUUGCAUGGCUGUAUCAACCAAGGUCCCGGAGACACUCCAGCUAUCGGAAACACCAAAUACGGUAAAGUUUGUGCUCAAGACGAGCAUCAAGGAAACAACACUAAGACCACUCCACCUAGCCGAGAUAUUAGAGGCUGAUUUCAAACAAGAUGGACCACAAGAAAACACCGUAUCUCAAGAAGACAUCCAGUUCCUUCGGAUCCUGAGUGAAGGCAUCCACCAGCAAAAGGACGGCUUCUUCAACAUGCCACUCCCUUUCAAAGAAAAGAGACCAACCCUCCCUUAUAAUAUCUUCAUGGCAAAGGUCCGGCUGGAACACUUGAAGCGCAGAUUUAGAAGAGACAGCAAAUACUUUGCCGAUUACACAGCCUUUAUGGAAGACAUUAUCAAGCAAGGAGAUGCCGAAAGGGCGACACAGGACAGCGAUAGAAAGGGACAAAUCUGGGCCCAGAUCAAUUGA